CGCAGUAACUACCGCUGCCCAACUCCAGACUCGAACACUUCACAGCUCAAUCACUCCACGAGAAACCGGCAAUGGAGAGCUUCAGCAGCGACUCCAUGGACUCACCGCUCGCAUCGCGCUGGGCAUCGGAUGGGGAGGCCUACGCGACGGUGUCGUCAGCACCGCCGAAGCGGCGGGCUGGGCGGACCAAAUUUCGCGAGACGCGACACCCCGUAUACAAGGGUGUCCGGCGCCGCAACGCCGAUAAGUGGGUCUGCGAGGUGCGUGAGCCCAACAAGAAGUCGAGGAUUUGGCUCGGGACGUUUCCGACCGCCGAGAUGGCGGCACGGGCGCACGACGUGGCUGCCAUGGCCCUCCGCGGCCGGUCGGCCUGCCUCAACUUUGCCGAUUCCCCGUGGCUCUGCCCCGUUCCCAGAUCGUCGAACCCGAAGGACAUUCAGAGGGCCGCGAUGGAGGCUGCGGAGGCCUUCCGGCCACAGACAGAGCCCGACGCUGAUAAGAGUAGAGAGGAUGCAACUAUGUCGAUGGCAGGGGGGCCGUCGUUGGCUACGGCGGAUGACCCGUUUUAUAUGGAGGAUGGACUCAAUUUUGGGAUGCAAGGGUACUAUCUGGACAUGGCUGCGGGGUUGCUGAUGGAGCCGCCACCAAUAUUGUACGCCGACGAGGAGGUGAGCGAUGGCGAUGUCUCGCUGUGGAGCUACUCCAUUUGAAGCCAGCGUCGCAUUUUUUGUACAGUAUAUAGUUUAAAAUGAACGGGACCUAUAGUUUUUUCAAAUGUGAUACAAGGUAAGAGGAAUUUGUCUGAAAAAUAUAUAGAGAGGGAGGAGAGAGAGAGAGAGAGAGAGCGACUGCUUAUAAGCUUCACCAGAAAAAAGAUAGCCGCGCUAAGUAUGGCAGAGUGAUGCUGUGAUAAGAAAAAAUGUAUAGCUGAACCAAAGUGAGAGAAUAGCAUAUAGAUUUGUAUUCUGGAGACAAUAUGUUUCCAUAAUCAUAAAAGACCAUUCUCAAAAUAUAA